UGUUCACUUCCUCCAGCUAUUCUGCUCCACCACAUCGCCGACCUCCACGCUUGAGUGUCGUUUGCUUUGCAGAGUCAGUUUGGAUAAAGUUUUGGAAAGUGGGAAAUCAUGAACGCGCCCGAUAGGUAUGACACUGUCUUGUCGCUCCAUCCCCGCUCUUUGUCGUGGCUCGCAACCUCGAAUCAGCCGAUCAUGGAGUCGAAUUGUAUUUCCUUCUCGGUGCAUCUGGCACUAGCCGACCGAAUACUUCGGCUACACAGUAUUUAAGCUCUUGCUGGGAGCCUUUCUGCGACAAUCAACGCAAAUUCAUUAUCAAGAUCUGCAAGAACACUCUCAACAAGAUGACUAUCACUGGAAAGCACAAAGUUGACGUCGCGCCCGAUAGAUUCGAGCUCUUCCUUCUCGGGGACGGAGAGAGGAAGGUCACAGAAGAAUCAGACACUCGUACCUCCAACAGUUCGAUCUUCACCUUCAAUAAGGAGGACCACACUCUCGCCAACAUGGUUCGCGCUGCUCUCCUGAAGGACCCUCAUGUUAUCUUCGCCGGAUACAAGAUUCCCCACCCUCUCUUCGCCAAGUUCGAGCUUCGUAUCCAAACAAACGGCGAGAUCACCCCUAAGGAGGCUCUGGUCAACUGCUGCAAGUCUCUGGUCGGAGACCUCGAAGUUCUCAGCCGAGAGUUCACCAAGGAGUACGAGCUGCGCAAGAUGGUCAGUGGUGAUGGAGCUGCGGAGAAUGGCGGUCGAUAAAUCAUGGGAAUAUUGGUCAUGGCGGCGUCCAUGGGUGGAGUCUGGGAAGGUUGUGCAUUUGCAUGGCGUCUUUGGGCCAGGGAGGAAAAUUUGUUGACUUUACCCCGCGGUAGAGCACACGCGUUGAUCAUUUUACACGAACCAUAAAUGCAUUCAUUGCACUAAGUCUCUUUCUUUUGGAG